UCAGCCUGAGUGGCCUCAUCACGUUUUCCAUGGCCGACGCUUACAGAUCCCAGCUCGAAGAAGAAGAAGAGGAGGAGGAAGAAGGAGUCCAUCACCGGACCUAUCAACACUACACACAACUCGUGUCGGCACUACCAAGCGUAGACUCCGGCAAUGGCAAACCAAUCUUCUGCUACGAAGGCUGGUACGGUUUGCUGUCGGGCAUAAUAGGCACCAUAGUCGCCCAAAAAUACUUCAAAGCUCUCCCUACCGACGUACUAGUCGCCACGAUCCCCAAGUCUGGCACCACAUGGAUGAAAGCCCUCGUCUUCUCCACCGUAAACCGUGGCUCCUGCGUCGACUCCCGACAUGCCUUGGAGUCCUACAAUCCCCAUGAGUACGUCCCCUUCCUUGAACACCAAAUCUACACCAACAACCGAGUACCUGACCUGAGCAAGCUGCCACCUCCGCGACUCUUCGCCACGCACAUCCCUUUCCAGUCCCUGCCGGCGUCGGUGACGGAGUCCGGCUGCAGAGUCGUGUACGUGUACCGCAGCCCCAAGGACAACUUCAUAUCCUUAUGGCACUACAACAACAGAUUCAGGACGAAGGCUAACUUGGAGCCAUGGACGCUCGAGAAGGCCUUGGACAACUUCUGCAAGGGCUUAUCCCUCUUCGGACCGUACUGGGACCAUGUGCUCAGUUACUGGAAGGCGCAUUUGGAAAGGCCGAAUAAGAUAUUGUUCGUGAAGUACGAGGAGCUGCAGCAGGACACCGUAGCUCAGCUGAAGCGGCUGGCGGAGUUCCUUGGCCGCCCCUUCUCGGAGGAUGAGGAGAAGGAAGGGGUGAUCGAUGGCAUCGUGCGGCUGUGUUCCAUGGAAAGCUUAAGCAAUUUGGAGGUGAACAGGAGCGGCACCACGGAAAUGGGGUAUUGGAUGCUCGACAACACCCUCUUCUUCAGACGCGGUGUGGUGGGGGAUUGGCUGAAUCAUCUUACGCCCGAGAUGGCCGAUCGAUUGGAUGAGAUGACGAAGGAGAAAUUUGCUGGUUCUGGUUUGAUGUUCUAAGGCACAUAUCUCGUAAGAAUAAUAUAUGUGUGUAAUCCGACUGAUCUGAAGGUGUAAGAUCGAUGAAGCCAAUUUUCUUUUCUGAUUUCCAAACUUUUUUUUGCUUCUUGAUCUCCUCCAAGACAACAACACAUUUCUUCAUCGUUCUUCUUCGUUUACUGGAAAGGCAAUCGUUGGUGAGGUUUACAUGCAGCGGUUAUACUCCUCUGUUCCUUCUUUUUUAUCUUUUCCAGAUCUAAGGUGCUCGAUGAGUGCUUCAUUUAUGGCGUGUUUGAGAUUCCACAAAUACGAUUGUAUUGAAGAGAGAAGAAGC